CCUCUAUCGUCCCCAUCACUUUUCUAUCGUAUUCCCUUCCGUAUUUUCCCCCCUAUUUCCAGCCUAUCCCGCUGCGGAUGCACUAGCUAAUGAUACCUAGCGGAAUAUCUAACCGGCCUGGGGCUUUGGGUGCUGGUGUUUCCUCCCGACUCUAGGUAUACCUAAGUGCCUGGGAGCGUCUUUGGGCAUGCUGUGGCUACCUACCGAGUACCUCAUGUCAGGCAGAUCGCAACGUAGCAGCCUCGGAUUACAACGUAGACGUCCUUACCCGAUAUAUCACCCGUAGAGCAGUGCAGCGUAGCGAAGCCGCGAGAGAUGAGGGCCAUCACUGCCGCCACGCUGCCCCAGAGCCUGCUCCUGCUGCUCCUCGCCGUCGCGCCCUCGGCCGCGGCGCCGCAGCCGUGGCGGCCCGCCGAGCAGGUGGUCUUGCAGCAGGGGUCCGCCGCGGGAGGGCGCCGAGGCGCCGUCGCAUCCGAGAGUAGGGUGUGCAGCCAGAUCGGCAUCGACCUGCUCGCCCAAGGUGGCAACGCGGUCGACGCCUUCGUCGGGACGCAGCUGUGCGUCGGUGUCGUCGGCAUGUACCACUCGGGGCUGGGCGGGGGCGGGUUCGCGCUGAUCCGCGACGGCGGCGGGGCCUACACCGUCGUGGACUACCGCGAGGCCGCGCCGGCCGCCGCCCACCAAGACAUGUACCGCGGCAACGUGCGGGGCAGCGUGCAAGGCGGGCUCGCCGUCGGCGUCCCCGGCGAGCUGCGCGGCCUCGAGCGCGCCCAUGCGCGCUUCGGUGCCCUGCCCUGGCCCGCCGUCGUCCGCCCCGCCGCCCGCAUCGCCCGCCACGGCUUCGCUGUCUCCGAGGACCUCGUCCGCUACAUGCAGUACGGCCUCGCGAUGGCUGGCUGGAAUUUCCUCCUCGAGGACCCCUCGUGGGCCCAGGACUUUGCUCCUAACGGGACGCUGGUUAAACUCGGCGAUAUCAUGACUAGGGUGCGCUACGCCGAGACUCUCGAGACAGUCGCUGAGCACGGCGCCGACGUGUUUUAUAACGGUCCUAUAGCCGAAGCGACGAUCCGGCACAUUCAGAAGCACAAUGGCAGCAUGACCCUCGCCGACAUGUCGGGCUACGCGGCCAUCGACCGCGCGGCCGUCAACAUCACGUACCGGGGCUUCCGGCUCUUCUCGGCGGGCGUGCCUAGUAGCGGCGCCGUGUGCCUCAGCGCGCUCAAGACGAUGGAGGGCUACGACGACGCCGACGCCGACGCCGGCGGCCGCCGCAACCUGACCCUGCACCGCUUCGACGAGGCCAUGCGCUUCGCGUACGGCGCGCGGCAGGCGCUCGGCGACCCGGCGUACGUGGAGGGCGCGCUCGCGCUCGAGGCGUCGCUCGUCGGCGCGGCGCACGCCGCCGGCGUGCGGGCGCGCAUCCGCGACGACACCACACAGCCGGUCGAGAACUACAACCCGGCGCGCGCGUACGCGCCGGACUCGCACGGGACGUCUCACGUGUCGGCGGCGGACGGCGCGGGGCUCGCCGUCGCCUCCACGACGACCGUCAACCUGCUGUUCGGCAGCCUGCUCGUCGUGCCCGAGACGGGCGUGGUGCUCAACGACGAGAUGAACGACUUCUCGCUCCCCGGCGUGCGCAACGAGUUCGGGUACGCGCCCAGCCCCGCCAACUACGUCCGCCCCGGCAAGCGGCCGCUCUCGUCCAUCACCCCCGUCAUCGCCGAGUACCUGCCCUCCGGCCCCGCCGCCGCCACCGCUUCGCUGCCGCGGCUCGCCGCCGUCGUCGGCGCCGCCGGCGGCUCCCGCAUCAUCAGCGCCACCACCCAGGUGCUCUGGCGCGCGCUUGCGUCCGCGGCCUCCGACGCCAUGGCCCGCGCCGUCGCCGAGCCCCGCUUCCACGACCAGCUGAUGCCCGACGAGGUCGCCUUCGAGUGGGGCUUCGACAACGCCACCGUCGCCGCCAUGGCCGCCCGCGGCCACCACGUCGCCUGGGUCCGCGAGGGCAACAGCGCCGUCCAGGGCAUCCGCGUCAGCCGCGACGACGGCGCCUUCGAGGCUGUCGGCGAGACGCGCCAGCGGAACAGUGCGGGCCUGACGCUGUAGACGGAUGGUCGGGAUUGGUGGUGACGAACCUGUGGACAUACAUAGUUGAGAGUACUCACUCGCUCGUGUACAUGCGUAUCUGAUAGAAUUCCGUGUUUAGAGCUCCGUUCAUAGACGUUUUGCUUACAAUACAUAUAGUGCUAUAUUGCAGUCUAAGACAUGCAGAGCGUUUCUUGCGCUUAUGAGAGCUUCACAC